AAGACAAUUUAGUAGCUCGGAGACACUGGCGAGCGCAGCGCUGACGCUCACGAUUCCCCUUCACGGCCCCACAUUCAGCUGAAACGAAAUGCACUUGAAAUCCCCACUGAUUGGCCUUCUUAUCGUCUGCCUAGCGAUUGAGCUGCCCUCGCCCACCGCCGCUCAGUUCUGGCUGAAGCUGCCCGAACAGAACUGGGAGCGCGAGAUGCUGGCCACGCGAGACUCCGGCGUCUGCUACAAGGAGGAGAUAGUGGAAACCAUCAACCCGAAUGCGAGACUCCGUCAGAUCUCCUACUGCUGCGAGGGCUACGUGAACCAUGGCAGCCCACAGAACCUCAGAUGCCAGCCCAUCUGUACGGAGGAUUGUGCGAACGGCCUGUGCCUCUCGCCAGGCUACUGCGAGUGUGCGCCGGGCUACUAUCGUGAGGAGCGGCGGUGCAAGCGGAUGUAAAACGGAUUACACCAUUUAGACAAGGAAAAAUCAUUCAUUUAUUUCCACAAAUAGUCGAAGCUGUUCAUCCAUUUCAAUGUCCAUACAGAAGAAAUAAAAUCUAGUGCUACUUUUUGCAAA